UCAAGUCAGUCAGCUUUGCCGCCCGCUGCCGCUCGCCUCGCCCGCUCCGUGCCGCUCCGUGCCGUGGCCGCCGCCAGCAGACGACGCGCUGCCGUGAGUCCGGUGUGGACGUGACCCGGAGCCCGCCCGCGCGUUGAUGUCAUCCGCCGAGGCUGCGCCGGCCCAAGCUCAAGCCGGUCGUGCUGCUGCUGCUGUUUUCGUUUCGUCUGCUCCGCGGCGCCCGGCGUCCUCCGCCCUGCCGUGAGGUCGUCGCCGCGCCGGCCGCGAGCCGCGAGUCGUUAUCGAGUGACACUGGCCCUUAUCUGCCCGCGCCGCCGCCACGCCCCCCGUGACGCUCAGUGAUUGGAUUACGACCAGGAUUAGACCAGCAGCAGCAACAACUUCGACUGGCGUAAGAUAAGAAAUAUUGUGACCUGGUCUCCCUUCGUCCAGAACUACAAGAACCAGCAGUACUUUUGGGUUCAGCUCGCCGGUCACCAAGGUAACUUUCGAGCGGGCCCCACUCCUGGCACGAUCCUGAAGAAGGUGUGCACCGCCGAGGAGGUGGCGUUCAAGUCCCUGAUGAAGGACCGGCUAAAGCCCUACGUGCCGGACUACAAGGGCCAGAUUACGUCAGAGGAGGGAGAUUCUUACCUUCACUUGCAAGACCUCCUCAGCGAGUUCAACAAGCCCUGCGUCAUGGACUGCAAGAUGGGCGUCAGGACGUACCUUGAGGAUGAGCUCAACAAGGCACGCGGCAACCAGAAGCUGCGCAAGGACAUGUAUGAGAAGAUGAUCGCCGUCAACCCCGACGAGCCCACCGAGGACGAGCGGAGAGCGGGCGGCGUCACAAAGACGAGGUACAUGGUCUUCCGGGAGACGAUGUCUUCCACUGCCACGCUCGGGUUCCGCAUCGAAGGCCUGAAGAAGAGCGACGGUCAGUCCAGCAAGGACUUCAAGACCACCAAGGAUAGAGACCAAAUCAUCAACGCCUUCAGGGAGUUCACCCGGGGCUUCCCCCACACCGUGAGCCGCUACAUCCAGAGGCUACGCGCCAUCAAAGCCACGCUCGAGGUGUCGGACUUCUUCGCCUCGCACGAGGUGAUAGGCAGCUCGCUGCUGUUCGUGCACGACGCGGACAAGGCCAACAUCUGGCUCAUCGACUUCGCCAAGUCGCGCGUGCUGCCCGCUGGGGUGGGGCCCAUCACACACAACGCGCCCUGGAUCGAGGGCAACCACGAGGACGGCUACCUCAUCGGGCUGCGCAACCUCAUCGACAUCUUCACCGAGAUGGAGCAGAACCCGGAGGAGCCGCCCACUCCCCCGCAGUCGAACCCGUCGUCGCCUGAGUCGUCGUCGCCGUCGGCGCCGUCCUCGACGCCAGCCUCGGCCGACAGCAGCCCUGCCAACACGUCGCCGCCCACCAGCCCCGAGGAAGACGCGACGUCGCCGGUGGUCCUGCGCCUCCCGCCGCGCGUCUCAAGGGCUGUGCCGUCCCUCAACAGGAAGGACACAGUUGUGGCCCAGGUCAACGAUGUCGACGCCCAGGUUGAUAGUCCCCCUCCGUACUCGGUGCAGCUGGAGCUGAGGCCGCAUCCUCUCGCCUCUGAGGCCGCCAGCACGGCUGAGGAGGACUGUGCCGCGUCGGCGUCUCCGCGGGAGCAGCAGCCCAGGCUGUCGCUGCCCCUGCCCAUCCACAUCAAGAAGACGGACACGGUUCUCACGUUGCAGACGCCGGCUGAGGCGGCGGCGCUGGACAGGACAGAACUAACGUGACGCGUCUCUGCUGGUUCUGAUAUUCUUUUAUUGAGGAAGGCGGGACUUCACCGUGGCUAGUGCUGUGGAAAGCGCUUGGCUUUGUCCGGGUGACGUCAAAGUGAUGUGAUAUUGCGAGACGUGUCGAAAUAGGGCACGGUGUCGUGCGGGGUCGAGUCUGACCCCUCUGGAGUCUUCCAGUUGAGAGAGGAACCCAGUCUGCUUCUAGUAUUUGAUAGAGUUGAAUAAUAGUAAGUUUGACGGAGAGUGGAAAUCUCAUAGUGACGAACGUUGUUAUGCCACAACGUGAUGAGUGGUAAAUAUCUAUAGAUUAAUAUUCAGACUGAAAUGUGUGUUCGUUUCCAUUACAUCAAUUAUAAAGGUGUUGUGGCCUCUGUGCAUAUAUUGUGGGAAUAGAGUUGGCUUGUGUGCUUUCUUAGUCAAGUUGCAUUUGAUGUUUCUUCAACCACACCAGUGACUUGUUGACUUUGAAUCCUUUCCAUGAGGGUUUGUUAGAAAUGUAAUUACGUUUAAUCCUUUCUUGGUCCUGGUAUUGCUGAAGUCUGAAAUGCGUUCCUUGUUUGUGGUCUGAUUUUGAGAUCUGCGGUUUACACUAUAGUAUUGUAUUUGGUAAAACUUAUGUCUUGUGUACCUUAUAACGCUGGUUGAACAAUUUUAUUAUAUUAUCAUCCUCAUGUUGUUUAUGUAAGAUUUUUCAUUUUCACAUUUUCAUAUAAAAAUUGGAAUGUGAAACGUAAA